AUGGGCGUCGACAUCAACACCGUCAAGGCCGGAGACGGCGCCACCUUCCCCAAGACCGGGCAGACCGUCUCGUGCCACUACGUCCUCACGCUUGAGAAUGGAAAGAAGAUUGACAGCUCUCGCGACCGCGGCAGCCCUUUCAAGUUCAAGAUCGGAAAAGGCGAGGUCAUCAAGGGAUGGGAUCAAGGCGUUGCCCAGAUGUCCGUCGGCCAACGUGCGACCCUGACCAUCAGCUCCGACCUCGGAUACGGACCCGCCGGCAUCAAGGGCACCAUCCCACCGAACUCUACCCUCAUUUUCGACGUGGAGCUGCUCGGUGUUAAU